AUGGCGUUGAUCCAAAUAAUUCGCAAAAAUCUAAAACUGGUCAAAGGACAUUUGCAGUUUCUGUUGCACUUAAUAGGGAAAACUACAAUUGACUUAGAAGAAACAAUCAAAAUCAUCAAAAAGCGGAGACAAAAGCUUUAUGAGUAUGGUAUUUCAGUUUCACGUCUUAAUAGUCUUUCCACAUUCGCAUUCAAUGUAUUCCAAACACUUCGUGAGUACACAAAUGAGUACUAUUACUCAAUUCAGAAAACUCUUGAAGUUGCCGAAGAGAAAAUGACUAAAACGAUCAACAAUCAGAACUUACUUCUUAGAGCAGGACUUUCAAACCCUCAAUGCGACAUGCUUCAGACUUUACUUCCUCUUAAGAUUAAGACUCUUCAGAGACAAAGAGAACCUAUUGAACAAAACUUCAAACAUUUUCGCGAAAUGAACAAUGACCUUUGUAAAUCAAUGCGCCAAUGCUAUAAAUAA